AGCCAAUAGGCUUCACCAACCAAUAUAGAAGAAGGGAGCACCUACAAAGAGCAAAAAGAUGUUCUGUUUUCCGCCCUUGAAGAGUUUUUGAGAGACUAACAUAUCAUUUUGUUUUAAUGAGUUCUGACAUAACUAGCCGCCUGUUGUAGUUGUGAAGAAUGUACCGUAGACCUCAGUUUGAUAGACUAAAUCCUCGUAAUGUCUUACCUAGUCGGCACACCCUUUUUAUUAGAGGGCUUCCAGGGACGACAGAUGUAACUAAAGUGAAGGACUUCUUCUGUAAUGAAACAAAUUCCAGGUGCUCGGUGGAAUUUUUUUCUACCUCAGAAGAUAAGAAAAGAUUCUCAGUCGCCAUACGGUUUAAGUCCCACGAGAUUGCCAGCGAGAUGCUUCGUCGGUAAGCCUUACAUUCAUCUAAUUUGCAGACACAACGGUAAAACAAUGUUUGGUUACCCUGUAGAGCUAACUUGGUUCAAGGACCUCAAAAAAGCUAGAGCAAAGAUGUAUGAAGAGCGGCGUCAGGUUAGACGCUUCCCUCCAAACCAACGGGGUUUCCGAGGCUUAGAAAAGAGUAUACCAUCUCCUGGAAACUAUGGUGAUGCUAGACGGAUCCGGACGGGCUCUUCCUCUUCAGGUGGUCGGGGGUAUAGAGACAACGGCAGAAACCGUAGAAGCAUAGAUCGCAGAAGUGCGGAUCGUAGGAGCUUAGACCGUAGAAGCAUGGAUCGUAGAAGUACAGAUAGAAGGAGCACGGAACGCAGCACAGACAGAAGAAGCACGGAAAGAAGAAGUAUAUCAAGAAGUCGAUCAUUCACAGGGUCAUCGUCAAGGAGCGCUAGUAAUUCAGGCAGAUCUCGGUCAAGGUCAGUAUCUCGUACAAGGCAUUCCUUGCCUUCAAAUCCGGGGGAUUCAAUGCAUGCAAGUGAAUCUGAAUUUAAUGGUCACAUCUACGACGAUCGACGUGCCUCACGCAACCUCUCUCGCCAUUCUCAUGAUCGAAGUAGUAGCAGUAGUCGAUCUUCAGAGGAGCGAAAGCGUCAAGGUUCGUCUAAACGUCGCUCGUCAAAUAGAAAUAAUGAACAAUAUGAUCAAAGUGCAGACGAAAACUCAUCUCCAGAUUACCAAACGCGAAGAAACCAACAAGUUUCAAGGUCACCCUCAAUGAGCGAACGAAACCUUGCUUUCUCAAAUGCUCCUGCUCCUAAUCCGGAAGAUGGAUCUUCAUUGGGUUUUGAACAGAUAUCUGUCCGAGGUGGCAGUUUUUCCAGAAGAACACGCCACUCUUCAGAAAAUUCAUCUUCAGGUGCCUCGGUCGCUAGUUCCAAUGGUGCUUUUGAUUCCCCGAGAAAUCGCAGUGGACGCAAACGGAUGCAUUCUAUUUCACCACCCUAUAAUGACAUUCGUAAUCGUACCACCAAGUCCAAGACUGAUGCUGCUUCAAAUAGUGAUGAAAAAAACCAACCAUCAGUCGAAUCUCAGAAACGUAGAAAAACAAGGAAUACCCAUUCACCAGCCAACAACACAGAAUCUAUCCCUGAGCCACCCCAUACUCGGAGUAAAACUCAACGAACCAGUCUUCAAAAAACACCGAGGGUCGAAAACUCAACAACAAUACGUCAAGCAAAUACCGAUCGUAAACAGAGGCCAAGUGCUGCCAAAGCAAAUAAAAAGUCUACAACUAAAGAUUCUCCCCCAACGAUUGAAAAAAGUACUUCGAAGAAUCCUCGACGCUCGGAUACUGCACGUUCUCCACCGUCUUUAACAUCGCGUGCAACCAAACGUUGGCGAACUCCAGAAGAUGAGGUCAACGAUGACCAUCUCCAUAAAGAGGAAAAAUGGCCCUCAACUAUCAAUAAAUCGGCUAAGCUAAAGAAAAAGUCUGCUAUUUCAUCGGCAAAUAAUUCUAGCGAUAAUGAUCACUCAGAUACUUCGAAAGUUGAUGGUAAUCAAGUGACCAUCUCAAGAAAUAACAAUAUUAAAGCAAAAGAAUCUUUGAAACCGUUAUUUAAAAAGUCCAGUUCAUCCUCAAACAGUAAGUUAUGCUGAUAUCUUAUUGUUUGUUUUCCUUACACCUGUGAUUGUAGUUCAAGGGUCGCGAUUAACUACUGAAUUUUUUAUUGGAGUACAAAAUAUUCUGUUCUGUAGACAUUUGAUUACUUUUUUUUCAUUGUAGGAUUAAUUCUUUUUGUGGAAAACUUGAAAUUUCUCAAAAUCAGGUCUCCGUUCUGUUUACGAUAGCUUAUUAAAACACAGACUAAUAUCACUUCCUAAAAUGAGACAUUUACAACCUCACUUUAAGUCAUAAGUAUGUUGUCUCAAACAUGAAAAGUGAAACAGUUUAAUUUUCGUGUCUCAACGAGAUAUGCGGUUACAUACUUACAUCUUUACUUGAUCCCUUGAUUGACAGCAAUAAUUAAGUUUUUCCUGUCAAUCAAACGGAAAUUUCCUAAGUAAAUUUUUUUAUAAUGGCCGACCACAGAAGCAGAUAGACAAUAUUUUCACGACUUGGAACAAGGUAUUUCGAUUCUGCUCGGACAAACAAUGUCAUUAAUUUAGCAAUUAUUAACUUCUUUAAAGAUUUAGUCAAACCACUCUGAUUACCAAAAUUUAUAGUCUAUUGUUAAUGCAUAGAAUUAUAAAAGAAUUAAUUUGUUUCGAAGUUAAGCAAAAGGUUCCCACGUAGCAUUUAUUCAGUUGCUUAAUGUGCUGUUAUAAUAAGACUAUCCACGGCGUAUAUAUACCAUAGUUUAAACACAUGAUGAUAGGACAAUAUUUUAUGCUUUCAAAGUCCUUUAAUAUCGGUUGGGCUUAACCAAUCGGUAUAUCUAAUGAACACUUAAUUUUAUGAAAUACGGGCUCAAUACCUUUUUCACCUGCGAUUUUCUUUGCAAAUUAGUGUUCAUAUGAUCUGUUCUGCGAAUGUGUGAGUAUUUACCUAAUUAACUACGAAGAUGGGAACCAGCCUUUACGUGAUUAAGAUGUAGGAUGUAACUCCUAAUACGAGUAGUUCACUAAUAUCCACUCAGUUCGAUUUUAUUCCAAAUUAGACUUUUGUCAGAAAUGAUGCAAAGCAUUUAUUACUUUUGGUCUUUGUUUUUUGUUUAACUUUAAAAACAUUAGUAUUUUAAUCGUUUCACUUGAACAAUAGCAUUUAUGAGAAUCAGCAGGACAAAAUUCCAACCACUUUCAAAUUUCUGCAGUCAAAUAUAUUAAUCAGUUGGAAAUUAACAAGAAUAUAUUAAAACCUCUGUUAUUGGUCAGUGCAUUUAACCAAAUAAAUAAACUAUAGUGGAUCCGAUACCUCAGAUAUAAUGGUUUAUGAACGGAUACUUUGGUCCUGAUGUCUGAUUAAAUAAAUUUUAUUUGUUUAUAAAUCAAGCUAGAUUCAUCUAUAUUAAGAGGAAAAUCAAUGUAUAUGCAGCCUAUUAUCAGUACUUUCUUUUGUACUGCACUCAAUCGUACAUUAUAUAAAAUGCAAUAUAUAUGGGAAUUUUCGUUGAAAUAUUCAUUCGGUAGGUUUUAUAGACACAGUAGACCUUCAGAUUUUCUGUCUACUUAUGUAAGUCAACCAGUAGAAAUUCGAAAGUUAGCUAUUGUAUGUUUACACACUGCUGAUAAGUUUUGUUGAGUGUAAAAUGAUUGUAUAUUCUGCUGUUAAACGAACUAAACUCGUUUUCACGUUGCAUUGUUUAUGGUUAAGAUCUGACUAGUUGUAGUCACAAUUCGUUCCCCAUAAUAUCACAUUAAAAUUCGUCGGUGUAUAAGACAACCAAAUGACUUUGACUAAUUUCAGCAAGAUACAAACUACACUCAACAAUUUUCCUGUCGUAUAAAAAACUCUAAGCUUACUAUUCAGUGUGUAUUUACAUCAGUUUUCGUUUCGUUUCAGUCCAUUAAGCACCUGAGUAACAUGUGUGUAUGCACAUGCCCAAGACUUAUCAGUCCCAUAAAAGUGCUGUAUAUUACACAAUAAAAGAUUAAUCCAAAGAACCCUAUCCAUUAUUAGUUAACUAGAUAAAAAUGAACGUAAAAAUGCAAUAUUAUCUCCUGUCAUACCAAAUGCCGUAGUUCCGAGGCAUUUUCCCGACAAUAUUUUAACGGUCAUAGUAUGACAAUUCAAUUUUGAUGUUCUACUUUUAUUUUUGUCCUCAAGAUAAAAUGCACAUCUAAUCGGCAAAUUGUCUUUUAAAUGUCACAAAUUUCAUCAAAACCUAUGAUCGUUACACUUCAUUAAAUCUAAAAAUUUCAGUCACGGUAUGAUCUAAUGAGCUUAUUUUUACCAGGUACAGUUUCAAACUACACUUAAUGUAAGGAUUGGUUGUACUAAAUGACUACCUAAACGACGUAAAUAAGUUGGUUAAAACUUGUGUAAUAUUGAUUAGGGGUCGAAUGUUUUGACCAUCAAGUCAUGGUUCCAUUUUCGAACUAAUUUUCAUUAGUGGUGUACAUUCGAGAGGUUUUGUGUUUAAUCUUGUUUGAGUGGUCAGUCUCUUAUUUGUUAAGUAGACUUAAUCAUAACGUUCGAGACGAAUUAGCGUUGUUUACCAGAUUAUUGAUUGACUGUUAAUGUGCCAUGUAUUGCUUCUGAAUUCUAGGUAACAAUCAGUUAGUUACCGUCGGCUCUGCAUCAUCUGUCAAUAACGAAGAAAAUGAGUCAGGUGAUUGUUCAGAUGAUGUAAUGAAUCUGAUUCGUGAUCGUAAAGAUGCACUGGCAGAGGAUUAUAAACGGGAUUGCGAGGCAUUCACUACAGUCGUUCGCAUGCUAAUAAGGUAAUUUUUGUUUGUGUCCGUAAUGUCUCCUUCCUCUUACGCUUAAAUCUAAUAUAAAUCUGUGCUUUGGCAAUUUUAGCAUUACAUGGCAAUAUUCUCUGCCUACGGAUAAGGGCUGAUUUCUUACCCUCAGAGUAUGGAACAGUGAAUUGAUUUAUAAAUAAUGGAUAUUAAUAUGAAUAAUUACGUUAGAUGCCAGCCAAUAUGUCUGAGACUCGUACGGUGCCUACCUGUUAACGGGCCACAUGCUGGUUGUGUAAUUUAAAUAUGCACUCAACUACGCCUACAAUUCCAGUUGGCGUUUGCUCUUUUGUAGAAUGUUUUGAUUGGUCAGACAAUUGUUGAUUGGGUGCUUACUUUCAUCCUCGUUCGUGUUUUAUCGAACCUGGCAAUAAUGUAUAUUUUACCUCGAUUGGCUGAUGAUUUUCACAUUAUUCGUGUUGCUCGUUCUGAUGCUGCAAUUAUUGAAUUGUCGCCAUCCAUUGUCUACUUUAUGCAUUAAUCAUUUUAUUCUAAUGUCAAUGUGUAAAACUACUGUUUUCUGCAAAAGUAAGUGGCUAGAUUCUUUUUUUAUUUUUCCUUACAUUGCGCAGUAGCUGUCUCUCCCUACGCCUGUAUAUCGCUAAUUAACAUGAGGCUAUACUUGUUACACUUGGUAAAUGAAAAGUUUCUGCACCAAUUGCUGGGUCUGUUUUAAUGAAUUCCUAUGAGGUUGAAUUCCAGUGCUCAAUCACCCUUUGCAAAGACGAUUCACUCAUAUUUUUUAAAACCGGUAAAGAAAGUCUGACAAUCCGAAUCCAUGGCGAAUGCAAUUCGUAUUUUGAUUAUCAAAAACUGUUGAAUCUACCUAUGGUGUUUUAUGUUAGGCUCAUCAAAGUUACUAACACCUACCACCCCUGUGAUAUGUGUGACCUACUAUAAACGGAUGUAUAUCCUACCAAUAUUGUCUGUCAUAUACUCAACUAAGUUAUGUCGAACAAUGUUAAGUUCGAUAUUUGGUGUACACAUUUCUUUACAUCUGGACAAAGUACAUUGUUCAACACUCUGUUCUGCAUGAGCUUACUGAUGUGAGUCAUGGACUGUAAACCUAAAGAGCGUGCUUGAAAUAAUUUGAUCAGUGUGGUCAGCAUUGGUAACCUGUAAUGGGAUUGAUGAGCAAUCUUGAUUUUUAGGUGUAGAGUACUCUAUGAAAGUGAUCAAACGAUCAAUAACUUUGUGGAUGUUAGAUUUUAUAUGUGGUCACAUUUGGUCAACCGUCUCCCACCCUAUUGCGCUAUGCUGACGUCAGAGUAAAAGUAGGUUAGGAAAGAGGAACCAAGAAAUUAUGUGGAGCCACUAGCUACUAAUCCAAACUAUGUAAGGAAAUACAGACUUCGUGAUUGGUUGCAGUUACCCAUUUACUUUUAUUUUCUAUCCCCAUUUAAAACUUAGUCGUAUUAUUGCAACACAAGUCCUCUAAUUCUUUGGACUCUCUCACUUUUCUCAAUUUCUUCCAAUUCUUUGCUUUCCCUCUUGUUGAUUUCCUGUAAUGAUAUGACAAGAUGUGAUCUGCAACAUCUUUAACCAAUAUACCUGUCUCAGAUCCUAUGUUCUUUCUGCUUGUCUACUUGUGUAUUUCAUAUUUUAGGAUAACAUUAACUUAUAUUGUAUGUGGAAAACUACAUGUUCAGUAUUUGAACUCUAAUAGUCUUAUUAAUCCUGUUUGUCGAGUUCCCGUCAUUUUUAUCAUUUGAGUUUCUCGUUGUUCCGGUGACGACAUUCAUACCAUGGCCAUAUAUUUUCUCAUCCAACCUGAUACACGGCCCUUCGCAAGUUCAUUAACUUGUUUGUUUUAACGAAUUCAGAAUUUUUCCUUUUCUAGUGACCUGUUAUGAUGGUAAGAUUGUUAGAUAAAUAAAUGUUAAAAAUUUUUUUUACCAGAAAACUGACUUUACUUUAAAUAUAGAUUAUUUCUCCCAUCUGAAAAAGUGUUAAUCUUUACUAUCUAUAUUUCAGCAAAGAUCAAGAUCUCGAAAGCCGUCUUAUGCCGAUGCUCAAAGAAAUCUUGCAUGAAAGAGGCCAACGAUGCAUAGAGGAUUUGCGGACAUUUAUUUCAGAUCAUCAAGUCAAUGAAUCAAACAUAAAUGAAUUUAAAGAGAAAAAUCAUAUUGACUAGUUUUAAAACGACUUCUUUAAAGCUUGUGUAUAAUAAUUUCUCUUGUUUAUUCUCUUACGGCAUUUAGCUAAGUUUACAUUUCUCUGUAUGAAGAUCGUUGUUCCCUAGACAUUUAAGUUUGUGUAACUGACUGUUUCAUUGAUUAUAUUCUUCUAAAAAAUACACAUGAUUUUUCGAUAAGCAGUAACAAUAUAGUUGUUUUUCUUGGAAUAAAAUACACGCAUCGAA